AUACUAUCAUCAUUUUGUCCCCUCACUAUGAUGAGAAAGGUCGUGUUGAUUUGCUUACUAGCGACACUUAGCAUCGGAUUUUUACAGGGUCACACAUACAAGCCACUUCUUUGUGAAGAAACGAAUGCUAACAUAACCAGAUCUUCGCUUCUUGCACAAUGUGUGAAUCAGGACGAAUGUUUCAUAAACAGACCAGUAGGUCUAUGCCCCAAAUUUGAAGUUUGCUGCGUAAAAAAACAAGAUUUUAACAUUGACGAGGUUGAAUAUAUGGAAGAUUAAAUUAGCUGGAAGGUAUUAAACCUGGAAUAAAGCUUACUUGGAAAUGCUA